ACGCCAUUGUUGUCUUGUAAAUAAAAAUGACUGUAAUGUAAAAAUUUACUCAACAUUUAUGUUCAGCUGAGAUUAUAUAAAACCAUCUGAGUGUAAGAUUAAAAUAUUAAUCUUGGUAUAUGCAAUUGAAAAAAAAUUGUAUAAAAUGUAUAAAAAGUCUGCUUUAUAAUAAUGGACUAAUAUUCCCUGAAACUCAUAAGCUGUCUGGAAAAAUUAGCAGAAAACAGAAAAAUGAUUUUCUGCGAACAUUCUACUUCUGAUUCUUUUUCCUGACGUAAUAUUUGUUUAUCUGUUUUCUGUUGCAUAACAACUGAUUUUGUUUAGAUUGAACUGCGGCGGUUCAAAUUUGCUCUUUUCCUUGUAACACACCAUUUUACCUAUUCAAUUAAAAAAACAUUCUGCCAGAAAACUUCAACUGAACGUCUUAUCCAGUUUGAAUUAUUCAUCAUCACUUCGAGAGAGUAAUUUUAGCGCCACAAUAUCCCAGGAAAAACAAAAAAUGCAAUAUGGAAGAGGAUGAAAUGUUUAUUUGUUCAGCACGUGUCAGUUCAAACAUUUAUGAACAAUUCUGCUAUUAAGGCAAGUUUAUGGAAUUAGUCGUAUUGCAGCAGUGUUUGAGAGUGCAUUAAGCUAAAUGGCUCCCCGGGACGAAAUUUCUGCCUCCAAACCGGUCAAAGUAGUCUCUAAAACUAAUCUGAACAAUGGUGGAUCCGAGUACUGCUCCUCUGAAGCUUCGGGAACACAGCACAGUCGGUCGCCGAAAACAUCACCUCACGACAAAGAUACAGGUAGCAUUAAGCCGAGUAGCAGCAGUAGCAACGGAACCAAACGUUCGGUUUCUCUAUCCCGGCCAACCGAGACGUCGACAUCAUUGACUCAACAGAGUCUAUCCGAAGCGCCGAAGUCAGCACCUAGUACUGGAAGCGGGAAAUCUAGUAAAAAGAAGAGCAAAAAAGGUUUACUCGCUAACAUUGCUGGAACUCGUUACGAGUGUGUUCGGGAGUCCUUAGAACACUGCGGGUUCGCCACAAUCCGUGAUGAACGAGACGACCCGAACUGCCUUUUGUACUGGAGCGAUCUUGCGGUUCCCAAUGAAAGGAUUUCGGAAAUGAAGCCAUACCAGAAAAUCAAUCAUUUCCCAGGUAUGGGAGAGAUAUGUCGGAAAGACGCAUUGGCUAAGAACAUGAUGAAAAUACAGAAAAUUUUUCCAAGUGAUUAUGACUUUGUGCCUAAAACUUGGACUAUGCCCCAGGAUGCAAACACUUUUUUAAACUACGCCAAAGAAAGCAGUAAAAAACGAAAGAAAACCAAAACUUUCAUUGCCAAACCUUCAAACGGUGCUAUGGGAAACGGAAUCCGGUUGUUCAGAUCAGCCGAAAAAGCGCCAUUGGACGAAAACUAUAUCGUACAGGAGUAUCUUGAUAAACCCAUGCUUAUUGAGGGUUUCAAAUUUGACAUGCGAGUUUACGUUUUGGUAACUUCCUGUGAUCCACUGAAAGUUUUUCUUUUUAAAGACGGAUUAGUUAGAAUAAGUACUAAAACGUAUGUUGCACCGAGCGAACAAAACAUCGACGAGCUCUACAUGCAUUUGACAAACUACUCGGUGAAUAAAUUCAGUGCCAAUUAUGAAAAAGACGAGGACGAAAGUAAAGGUAGCAAACGGAAUUUUGAGUUUCUGAAUGAGUGGCUUGCAAAUGGAAGUUACGACGUGCAAAAAGUCUGGCGAGAAAUUGCCGAUGUUAUUGUUAAAACUUUAAUAGUUGCUGAGCCCCACUUAAUACACCAAUAUCGUAUGUGUCGCCCAGGUGUUUCGCCUUUAGCGGAUAGCACUUGCUUUGAAAUUUUGGGUUUCGAUAUUUUUCUCGACCGGAAAGGUAAGCCGUGGCUUCUGGAAAUCAACAGAUCUCCCAGUUUUGGAACGAAUGAAAAGAUUGAUCUUAAUAUUAAAAGUGCACUUUUGCAACAGACAUUUAAGUUGUUACGUGUCAGGGCAUCGGAUAAAAAACGAUGUUUGACCAAUCAGAAGAUGGAAAGCCAACGCAGGCUUUUUAAUGGUCACAGAAGGCUGGCCAUUGAACAGUGGGACAAAAGCAAAGCGGCGAAAGUGCGCAAGAAAGAGCAGCUGCAAAUUCAACUAGCAGCUUUGAGACGAGAAUCCAUGCGUCAAGAAUACGAGUCAAAAAAUCUUGGAAAGUUCCGAAAAAUCUUCCCAAUUGACGAUCGAAUGCAGCUCGAGAAAUACAUUGGGAUCCUGAGCAAGGGAUUUGACAUUCUGCUGGCGGGCAGGGCGGGUCAACUGCAGAAGGAGGUCAUCUCCAACUACAAGAACCCACACCACGAAGCAGACUUACUUGACCUGAUCGAACAGUGCGAGUGCGAAGAGGGAGGUGACAUGUCAACGUUCAAUUCAGGGUACCGAAAACCCCUCGUACCCAAACCCCUGUCAUCAAUGCCAAGCUCAGCGUCCCCUAUGCGCCACUACAGUCGCAAGGGGGGAGGAACUGAGGAAGACAACUCUUCCGACGAGAGCGACGAAGACGACGACAACUCCGACGCCACCGACAACAACGACACGAACAGAAACGACACUACAAUUACAAGCCACGACAUGAAAUCACAUGGUUUCCACCGCAACUCGGAAACGAAUUCCUCCCUGAUCGAGAAAAAGAGUAUAAAUAAAAGACCCAAACAGAGCUCGCAGUUAAGCAAGUCACGCAAAGUUGAAAGGCCGACUUUAAUCUCCCGCUCAUCGACUCGAAGUUUGAGCUCGCUUCGGUUCGAAAGCAAUCGUAGUUUACCUCCAAGUAAGCGAAAGAAAGACGAUUCUGAUUUAAUCCAACUUUACGAAGCAUUGAGUGAGUUGAAUAUCAAAUUCCCAGGAAAAAGUGACGAAGAAGCGAACGAGAUUUUGAACUCAAUUUUGGAUAACUGGCGCUAUCACAAGCCUCGUGUUGCUUCGUAUUGGCUCGUUAAACUCGAUUCGGUGAAACGACAGAAAGUCGUAGACAUAGUUCGUAACAACGUGCGAUCAAUAGUCCAGCGAUUUCACGAAAACGAAGAUAUCGAUAAAUUAAACGUGACCAAGUGUCUAAAUAAAGUAUUCAACAGGAUGUUAUGGUCUCAUGGCCAAGGGUUAUGGUCUUGUUUGAACCAUACAACUCGUGGCCCUGCCCCUUGGGAGACCGUUUUUAGAAGUGGCGGCGAGAUGUUAUCGAACGUAGAAAUGGGUUGCUGUAAAAUAGCAGUCGAAUUGUGCAAGGAUUGCUUGCUUGUGGUGUACCAGUUUGCAAACCAAUCAAGAACCGAACUGAAUUUGGGAGCACAUAGCGUAUCUAGUGCCAAUCCAGGGAACUCUGCAGUAACCUAGAUGAAUCUAGAAUUUUCUAGAAAAUAUAUAUGUAGAAGUAUUUCACGCUUUCUAAGGUGUAUCAAAAAGAUUUCACUGCUGUCGGAAAUGCUAUAUAAUUUGAUAUUAAUGUUUCAAAGUUUAUUUUUUCAUAUGACAAAAUCAAUAGUUUCAAUUCAA